UGACCUGCGGCGCCACGCCCUAACGCACACGGUCGGUGACGUGCCGUCCGAGGCGCUCGAUGUCGGUGUCGAUGACGAUGGCCAUCAGCUCAGCGAUGGGGAUGAGGACGACGGGGAUGAGGACGAGAGUGUGCUGGAGGUGGACUCGCCGGUUCAUUCGCCGGCCGGUCCACGGAACCGUUCCCUUUCGCCCCCGAUGGAUAUGCCCGUUUCGGCCGAGCUGGACGAUGCGGAGGAGCGUGAGGAUGAACAUCGGGGCCGGGGCCAGGGCCGGGCUCGUCGUAACGGUGAACAGCAGGAGCACGGCGAGGACGAGGAAGAGGAAGAGGAGGAGGAGGAGGAAGACGACCUGAUAAGUGUGGCGGGCCACGAACCCGACCCGACGCCCGUCGUCCAGUGCCAUCACGAGCGACCGAUCGGUUCCAAGAGCCCCUACACGAUGCGUCCGCAGCAGUACGAUCAUCAUGGUAGCCGUCAGCCAGCACCGAUCUCCUCGCUGGCCACCACCACCGGACAUCAUCAUCCGUCGUCAGCCGGUUCGAUGCAUCCACCACCGGCACCGGCACCGGCACCGGCACCGGCACUCGGCGGUGAUCAUGAUCCUCGCGAAUCGAUGUUACACCCAACGGGCCAUCCACCUCCACCGGAUGUGUUCGUUCCGAUGCUGCAUGUCCGGCGUGAUCUGCACCACAAGAUGGGUCUGAUCGGGCGUGCAUCGGCCACCAUCACCAGCGGUGGACUGAUGGACCAUCCAGCAAUGGCCGGCUUGCCCGUCGGUGGUUUUCUCAGUCACAUCCCGUUGCGUAAGCGCGCCAUGGGCCCGGAUGGUGAACCACAUCCGAUCAUGGCCGCCAGGGGCUCGCUACUGGGGUCUCCGACGACGGCACAACCACCGCUUCAUCUGGCAGCGGCAUCGAACGGUGGUCGAGGACAUCUGAAGAGUCACCAUCACCAUCUGGCGGAUGGUGGCGAUCAUCAUAAGACACCAGCAGCAGCAGCAGCAGCAGCAGCCGCGUCUGACUCACCACACCGUGAUCCAUCGUCAAUGUCCGUUCUUUCGCCACAAUCACUACCAUCCACUUCACCCAUUCUUCUGUCUCCACAUCUACUACCGCCACCACCGCCACAACCACCGUCACAAUCGGCACCACUCGGAGCCCUCAGCUCGAUGGCCGUUCCGAUGAAUCUCGCCAGCCUUUCCAACAUUCCCGUGGCAUUGGCCCCACCACCACCACCGAGCACCGCCCCAUCACACCAUCCACCGUCGUCGUCUGGAGCUUCGAAAUCACACUCCUCCUCCUCCUCUUCGUCGUCAUCAUCGUCAUCAUCGUCUUCCUCAUCGAUAGCGAGCAGCAGUACGGCCUCCGGGGGAUCCGGUAGCAUCGGAACGGUGCAAGCACCGCCCGGACCAUCGGCAGUAGCAGCAGCAACAGCCGCUGCACCACCACCGCCCAGGAAAACGGGCUUCAGCAUAGAGGACAUUAUGCGACGUUAGCCCUCUGGACCGAACAUUGUACAAAUGCCGCCGAACUAGGACUUCCUGGAGUUCGUAGAGUCCUAAACGGCGGCCCUUCCCUGAUCUGAAUUCGACACAAAGUGUCGUCUGUGGGUGUGCGUGUGUGUGCGUGUGUGUGCGCACGCGCGCCGAGUUCCAAUCUUCCAAUGGCUCCUUCCGAUUGUAGUAGGUAAAGGAUAGAGAUGGUAUUAGUUGUUUAAUGCGUUAGGUUAGUGCAGCCAGCCCGUGCCUUUCGAAUUCGAUGAUCUGCUCUAGCGUGUAGGAUCUAGGUGGUAAGGUUCUUCCAGUAGGUUAUAGGUCCCAUGCUAUUGUGCUCGAUUCUUCCAGAGCACCAGGAGCACGAGUAAUACGGUACGCUCGUUACAGUCGAGGUGGUGGUCCCGGUCCAUCAGUGUAUAGUGAUUUUUGGAGAAAUAGUUUGAGCCUCUCUCUCUCUCUCUUUAGUGUGCCCUGUUACUUUGCCCUGUUUCGUUGUACUAAGGAGCCGAUAAUCGGCGCAGUGUUAGUGAUAUCUACCGGUAAGAUCGCGGCGGCGUAGUGCAUCUCUAGGUUUACUAUAAUCCUAUCCGUAAGCCAUAGUCUAGACUUAUGUAAGCACGUCCGCUUCCGGGCAGUCCGUGGAGUGCUGUUUGCGUGUAGAUUUCAACCAGGAAGGACAAAACAGGAAAAUGAAGCAUUAUGAUAGCCGGUAAGAGGAGAAGAAGGCGACGAGGUAUCGACUUCUGUCCAGCAAGUUCGUUGUUGCAUUUAACAAUCCAGCCACUCGAGGAUGAGGAUGAGGGGAAGAAUCGGGGCCCAUCACGGGCUUCUGCUGUACAUUACACCAUUCCGGUCUCUUCCAUUCCUCUCCGUCGGGUGUGGUUGGCUUUAGUGGUUUAAUAGUCUUGCGCUAAGGUUUUUAGCUGUUAAGAUUAGGUGACAUGGUCCUACUUGUAGUUCAUUAGAAAGCUCUAGACUUUGGGGUUGGCUCUAGGUAGACUCGUAGCGCUUGCGUCCUACAACAUCGAUCCGUUCGAUCGAUCGAUGGUAUAGCGAAUGGUCAAGCCAGCGCAUAAGUUUGCAUACUUCGUUUUUUUUUUCUUUCGAAAGUAAGUUAUUUGUGAUUCACACACGCUCUGUAGGCAGAAGUGUAAGAAGUCGUCUUUUGUCCGAUGAAUCGAUAGACCCCUAAAUAAAGAGAACAAAACCUUUACAAAAAAC